AUGUGUACCCUUUCAGCCACCUGCAUCAUUUAUACCGUCUACACUGCUUGCACCACCUGCACCAUCUACACCAUCUGCACCACCUGCACCAUCUACACCAUCUGCACCAUCUGCACCAGCUACACCAUCUACAUCAUCUACACCACCUGCACCAUCUACAUCAUCUACACCAUCUGCACCAUCUACACCAUCUGCAACAGCUACACCAUCUACACCACCUGCACAUCUGCACCAUAUACACCACCUACAUCAUCUUCACCACCUGAACCACCUGCACCAUCUACACCAUCUACAUCAUCUUCACCACCUGCAUCAUCUAUACCAUCUACACCACCUACAUCAUCUACACCAUCUACACCACCUGAACCACCUGUACCAUUCUUAAAUUAA